GUUGCCCUCGGCUUCGUCCUCCACCGCGGCUCCUACCUGCGUAACAUCUGGAACAUCAUGGACUUCUUCGUCGUGGUGACCGGGAUCAUCACGACGUUCUCGGCAGGCAUGCACGUGGAUAUGGAUCUGCGCACGUUGCGUGCGAUACGCGUGUUGCGACCGCUCAAACUUGUCUCCGGCAUACCGAGUCUUCAGGUGGUGCUCAAGUCUAUCAUCAAGGCGAUGGCCCCGCUUCUGCAGAUCGGCUUGCUGGUACUCUUCGCCAUCGUGAUAUUCGCCAUCAUCGGCCUCGAGUUUUAUUCGGGAACCCUGCAUAAAACGUGUUACAGUAUAGAGGACAUCAAUAUAAUCAUAAAGGAUGGCGAGCAGCCGAGCCCGUGUAGCUCCGCGGACAACAAAGAUGAUGCCCCGCCCGGGGCCUACGUGUGCAACGCGAGCAUCUCGACGUGCUUGGAACUCUGGGAGGGACCAAACUCGGGCAUCACCAGCUUCGAUAACAUCGGAUUCGCCAUGCUCACUGUCUUCCAGUGUAUCACUAUGGAGGGUUGGACUUCCAUAUUGUACUGGACAAACGACGCUCUUGGCAGCGCGUACAACUGGAUUUACUUUAUACCGUUGAUCGUCCUUGGAUCAUUCUUCAUGCUGAACUUAGUUCUUGGUGUCUUGAGCGGAGAAUUUGCGAAGGAGAGAGAGAAGGUGGAGAACCGGCAGUCCUUCCUGAAGUUGCGAAGACAGCAGCAGCUUGAGCGUGAACUGAAUUGUUACCUCAAUUGGAUCUGCAAAGCAGAGGAGGUGAUACUCGCCGAAGAGAGGACCACGGAAGAGGAGAAAAUGCACAUAUUAGAAGCGAGAAGAAGAGCAGCGGCAAAGAAGAGGAAACUGAAAAAUCUCGGCAAGAGCAAAAGCACCGACACGGAGGAGGAGGAGGGCGAGGACGGCGAGGACGAUGGGUUCUCGAGAGCCUCCUACUUCAAGUCGAAGGUGAAGAAGCAGGGCAUGUGCCUACAGUUCUGGCGGGCCGAGAAAAGAUUCAGGUUUUGGAUACGCAAUUCCGUCAAGUCGCAGCAGUUCUACUGGUUCGUCAUCGUUCUUGUGUUCUUCAACACCAUCUGCGUGGCCGUCGAGCAUUACGGUCAGCCACCAUGGCUCACGUCUUUUCUCUACUACGCAGAGUUUGUGUUCCUGGGCCUCUUCAUGAUGGAGAUGUUCAUAAAAGUUUACGCGCUCGGCCCUCGCACAUACUUCGAAUCGAGCUUCAAUCGCUUCGACUGCAUCGUCAUCUCGGGCUCGAUCUUCGAGGUGAUCUGGUCCGCGUUGAAGUCCGGCUCUUUCGGCCUCUCCGUCCUACGUGCCCUUAGACUCCUGAGAAUUUUUAAGGUCACCAAAUACUGGAAGAGCCUGAGGAACCUCGUGAUAUCGCUGCUAAGCUCGAUGCGCAGCAUCAUUUCCCUUCUCUUCCUGCUCUUCCUGUUCAUCCUCAUAUUUGCGCUGCUCGGUAUGCAGCUGUUCGGCGGCCAAUUCAACUUCAAAGAUGGCACGCCGCCCACUAAUUUCAACACCUUUCCCAUCGCACUACUCACUGUCUUCCAAAUCCUGACUGGAGAAGACUGGAAUGAAGUGAUGUACAAGGGUAUCGAGUCGCAGGGCAUGGCUCAUUCGCUCUAUUUCAUCGUGCUGGUGCUCUUUGGCAACUACACCCUGCUGAACGUCUUCUUGGCUAUCGCCGUCGACAAUCUCGCGAACGCGCAAGAGCUGAGCGCCGCCGAGGAGGAGCAGAAGGAGGAGGACAAGGAGAAACAGAUGCAGGAGCUCGAGAAGGAGAUCGAGUCGCUGCAGAGGCACGGAGACGGUGGCGCACCGAGAGUGGAAAUCUGCCCUCCAAGUCCAACGCAGAAUUUAUUAAGAAAUGUAAAACGCAAUAUCGACGGAGAGGCACAAUGUGGACAACGACCUCUCGUCUUUUCCAGCAGAGACGGAAGAAUUGAAACUCAGACGUCCGAAGAGAGGAGGCAGGAUGAAAACGACGACACGGGACCAAAACCAAUGCUGCCAUACUCCUCCAUGUUUAUAUUGUCCCCUACGAAUCCCAUAAGAAGAGCCGCCCACUGGGUCGUGAACCUUCGGUACUUCGACUUCUUUAUAAUGGUGGUGAUAUCGUUGUCGAGUAUCGCGCUCGCUGCCGAGGAUCCCGUUACGGAGAGCGCGCCGAGAAACAAGAUCCUCAAUUACUUCGAUUACGCGUUCACCUGCGUCUUCACCAUCGAGAUGCUGCUGAAGAUCAUCGACCUUGGUGUCAUACUGCACCCGGGCUCGUAUCUGCGCGAGUUCUGGAACAUGAUGGACGCGGCCGUAGUGAUAUGCGCCAUGGUGUCGUUCGCCUUUGAAAUGUCCGGCAGCCAGGCCGGCCAGAACCUCUCGACCAUCAAGUCGCUGCGUGUGCUGCGAGUGCUCAGGCCGCUUAAGACAAUAAAGCGCGUGCCGAAGCUCAAGGCGGUGUUCGACUGCGUGGUGAACAGUCUCAAGAAUGUCAUUAACAUUCUCAUAGUGUACAUAUUGUUCCAAUUCAUAUUCGCUGUGAUCGCGGUACAGUUGUUCAACGGCAAAUUCUUCCACUGCACCGACGAGAGCAAGUAUACGGAAACGGAUUGCCACGGUCAAUUCUUCGUUUUUGAGGAGGGUAAUUUGCUACCGGAUCUCAAGGAUCGGGAAUGGAAAUCCCAGUCCUUUCAUUACGACAACGUGAUGGUGGCCAUGCUGACGCUGUUCGCCGUCCAGACCGGCGAAGGCUGGCCGCAGAUCUUGCAGAACUCGAUGGCGGCCACAUACGAGGAGAAGGGCCCCAUCCAGAACUUUCGUAUCGAAAUGUCCAUUUUCUACAUCGUCUACUUCAUCGUCUUUCCAUUCUUCUUCGUCAACAUCUUCGUGGCCUUGAUCAUCAUUACGUUCCAGGAGCAGGGAGAAGCUGAACUGCAGGACGGUGAAAUCGAUAAGAAUCAGAAAUCAUGUAUAGAUUUUACAAUACAAGCUCGUCCGUUCGAGAGGUAUAUGCCGAAGGAGCGGAAUAGCAUUAAGUACAAAAUCUGGAAGAUAGUCGUAUCUACGCUAUUCGAAUAUUGCGUCAUGACGCUCAUCGUAUUGAACACAUUAUUGCUUAUGAUGAAGUACCAUGACCAAAAGGAAUCGUACAAGAACACGCUGAAGUACAUGAACAUGUGCUUCACGGGGAUGUUCACUAUCGAGUGCAUAAUGAAGAUCGCAGCAUUCGGCGUGAAGAACUUCUUCAAGGAUGCUUGGAAUAUCUUCGAUUUCAUCACGGUGAUCGGCAGCAUUGUGGACGCUCUCGUGGUCGAAUUCGGGGGCCGGAUUACAAAAUGGUAUCGAGAGGUUUUCGCGUCCAGUGAAAGUGGCCCGCACAAAGUGAAGGAGAACUUCAUCAACGUCGGCUUUCUGAGGCUCUUUCGCGCCGCCAGGCUGAUCAAACUGCUCAGGCAGGGGUACACGAUACGAAUUUUACUCUGGACCUUCGUACAAUCCUUUAAAGCUCUGCCUUACGUUUGUCUCCUCAUAGCGAUGCUGUUCUUCAUCUACGCUAUCAUCGGUAUGCAGGUAUUCGGUAACAUCGUGCUGGACGCUGAUACUUCUAUUACCAAGCACAACAAUUUCCAAAGCUUCAUACAAGGUCUGAUGCUGCUUUUUCGGUGUGCCACGGGAGAGGCCUGGCCGAACAUCAUGCUGGCGUGCGUAAAGGGCCGUCAAUGCGACCCGAAGGCCGAGAAGUCCUUGGAGGAGCAGAAUGAUUGCGGCUCCAACAUCGCCUACGCCUACUUCGUGUCGUUCAUCUUCUUCUGCUCGUUCCUCAUGCUGAAUCUCUUCGUCGCCGUCAUCAUGGACAACUUCGAUUACCUCACGCGGGACUCGUCGAUCCUGGGCGCGCAUCAUCUCGACGAGUUCGUGCGGAUCUGGGCCGAGUACGAUCCGAACGCCACCGGCAAGAUCCACUACACGGAGAUGUACGACAUGCUGAAGAACAUGGACCCGCCGUUGGGAUUUGGCAACAAGUGCCCGAAUCGGCUCGCGUACAAGAAGCUCAUCAGGAUGAACAUGCCGGUGGACGGUGACGGGAAGGUGAACUUCACGACCACGCUGUUUGCCCUCAUUCGCGAGAAUCUCAGCAUAAAAAUGCGAUGCGCCGACGAAAUGAAUCAAGCCAAUGAUGAGCUGCGGGACACGAUCAGGAGUAUCUGGCCUUUACAAGCGAAAAAGAUGUUGGACCUUUUGAUACCUAGGAAUGAAGAAUUGGGCAGAGACAAGCUCACCGUGGGUAAGAUAUACGUCUGCCUUCUGAUACUCGAAAGUUGGAGGUCAACGAAGUUUGGUCAGAUAAAGUCUGCCGAACAGAGCGAUAACGAUCUUAUCGAUAACGAUAAUGCUGGGCAAAGUCCUGCAGCCCAGGCGCCAUCGGCCUUCUUCAACUGCCUGCUGGACAUGGCGGCGGUAAAUCACACCGGAAAUAAUCACGGAGCCGGAAGUAGGGCGAACAGCCUCGAACCGGUGAUGCGACCGGCCGUGGACACGAAGCACGAACGACUCAGAGAACACACGGAUGAGGAGGACGGGGCCCUAGGCAUCCUCGCAGCCGCCGAGCACAGACGUCAGCGUAGCAUCAGAAACAAAAAGGUGAACUGGAAGAUGUCUCGCCAGUACGAUAUACUAGGCAGCAGCGGAGAGAGUAGCCAGGGAGGGGGUGGGUCUGGGGUUGUAGUUAAUGGCGAGGAUCGCGCCCCCGAACUAGAGCCAUUGCUGGCCGAGAUGCCCUCCCAGCGGGAUGAUCAAAACAACUACUACCACGACCAUCACCAUCACGAUCAAUACUACUACGAUACCGACAAUGAUCAAUACUAUGACCAUCACCAAUACUACCACCACCACCAUCACCAUCAUCAUGACCACCGACCACCCUCGUACUACCAACACCAGAACACCUACGCACCUCGCUCCUCGAUCCGUUACCACAAGGAUCUGCAAGACGUCAUACCGUCCGACUCGCGUGCCGGUAGCCUCGAGAGCCUCACUGGUGACAGAGUCCUUCGUCCGCAUCAUCCCUCGGCGCUUCUCUCUAGACGUUCACGAUCACCAAGUAUAAGAAGACACUCGCCAAUAAUGCCUAGAUCGCCAUCGCCAAGGCGACACAGCCGGUACGACCACGGUCAUUACCAAGACGGACCAGGGUUUAGCGACACCGUUAGCAACGUCGUCGAGAUACAAAGGCACACUCAUCAUCCCCACUCGUCACAAUAUAAUCAUCGGCAUAGGAUACGAGGUCCAUGGAGCGCGUCGACGAGUCCGGCCAGGUCGCCGAGCCCGGUUCAUAGGAUCGAGCGCGGUGGUCAUUACGGCACGACGAGUCUGGAGCAACGCUCGAGGAGCCCGAGCCCGGGCGGCGGUCGCCCGCAUCAUCACCAUCGCCAUCAUCCGCAUCAACACAGCUACCCGGUGCUGGUCGCGAGGAGAGGCCAGGGUCGCCGGUUGCCGCCGACGCCAAACAAGCCGUCGACCCUGCAGCUGAAGCCGACCAACAUCAAUUUCCCCAAGCUGAACGCAUCGCCUACCCACGGACCGCACGUCAUGGCACCCAGCGGACUGACCCACGUGCCAGUGGCAGGGGGACCCGUAUCUGGCCAUGUGCAUCCGCACCCGCCGUCGCACGUGCCAUCCUCCGUGCAGCCGAGUCAUCAUCCGUUAAGCUUCGAGCAGGCUGUUGCGAUGGGCCGCGGCGGUCGUCUGCUGCCCAGCCCGGUGCCCAACGGUUACAAGCCACAACCACAGUCCAAGAGAGCGUCUAGGUCGAGGCACUCGGACAGUGACGAGGACGAUUGGUGCUAGCCAAAGUGGGACCCUGGACGGUGGUCCGGUGACGUGGACGCCCCCAGGCGUCUCAGGGUUUGCGCGUGAUAGUCGUCCACGUGGGACGCGCGUUGAUUUCGAUGUGAAGGUAAACCGAAAGUGCCGCGGUCGACGAGCCCCGAAGCUCCAGAUUUCGACCGGCCGAAGAACGGCUUCAUGAAGGAGUUGUUCCAGUCACGGCAUCGCGGCGACCGUAGGACGUCGUGAGAGAGAGAGAGAGAGAGAGAGAGAGAGAGAGAGAGAGAAGUCGAAAAACGGAGAAAACAGAUUCCAGGCGGACGAUAUUCGGAGCGAUCUCCGAAAGGCUGAACAGCGGCGACCGAACAGGGUCAGCAAAAAUACACCAUAGAGAAAUUGAUUUCUCGCGAAACGCACAGGAGAAAUCGAACUAUCAUUCACACGUUGACGUCGCACGAAUCCGCGAACGAGGAGGAGUGCGCGGUUCUACGAAUCGAUCGAGGUGCAAUCAAACGGCCGAGCUCGGUGAAUCUCGAAGAUUCGAUCUUGGAGUCUGGAGGACCGGGUCAGAAGAAUCGGGGACGAUCGCCCAAACGCGAUCGUCCGGAGAUCCGAGGGGAAUUCGUUCGAAAGAUGAAUUCCAUUCGCUGUAUAGUCGCAGACGGUCUACAUUGGCGCGAACGACGCACGGAACGAAGCGAAGAUGAAUCUCUCGAGAUCGCGAGCGACGACUACGUCGAGAGACAAGGUGGUAGGUUGCAGUGAAACUCGUCGUCGUGCGCGACAGUGAUUGAAUAAUUUGAGCGGACGUUCCGGGAGAGCUCGAAAAUCCUCCGAUAUUAUACGCAAGUUAAUAUUUCAAUCUUACUCCUCGGCCCGAUCGAGCGGAGAUCGUCUCGAGGACUUACUUUUUAUACGAUUUUCCGGAGGAGGGACUCAUCGAACGCCCGAAUUGCGCUGUGAUCACCACGAAACGUUCUCUUACGUGCGUGUGUAUUUAUGU